GCUCGAGGCCCAGGCGUGCGCACGGGCACUCCAACACCCCUGAGUGGACUCAUCGUUGAGCGAGGCCAGCGAAAAAACACCUUUCCUAUCUCAUGGUGUCGCAGUGAGUUUCCCCCCAUCCCCAAAGGUUCGCGCCCACCCCGCGGCGGGCCCGGCCGCCUAGCGCCCCAGAGGAGACACGCGGCCUCGCCGGCGCCAGGGAGGCGGCCGCGGGACCGCAGGCGUAAGCGAACCCGUGGCCGCUUGAGGCCGCCUGCCGAAGAAGGACACGGGACACGAGGCCGCCGUCGUUUCAAUUGGCCUUCCUCCGAUCCCCAGCGCCGCUCGUGGAGGGCCGCGAACCACCGACCUCGCGAUCGAGCAGGACCCUGCUGGCUGCCGCGCGCACGCCGAGGCCGCGCGCGAGCUUGCACGGUCGACGAAGCGUCGGAUGCCGCCAGGGGGCUGGGGCAAAAUCGCCAUGAACCAAAGGCGAUUGGGAUCGCGGGGACGAAAGACCUCGGUCACUCUUGCGCUUGGCCGGUUGAGUUGCGGUCCACGGAGCUCCUCCCGGCUUCGCCCCCGCGCGGAGCACGCUUGGACGGUCCCGACCGUGCACUUUCCACCAGACCUGCAUGGUACACACGUUGCCGCCUCUGCCAGCACGCGCAGCGGCGUGUACCGAAUUGCCCUGCCCUGGCACACGGCCAGCGCCGCCCAGCACGUGGCCACCGCGAAAAGCACGCGGCUGCUGCCGCCGCGCCGGCUCGCUCGCGCAUGGGGCAGAAGGCUCCGCCGAGCAGCCGCGGGCCUGGAGGGCUCCGCCGGACGGCGCCGCGCCGCCAGCGCCGCGGCAGCGGCGCCUGGCCACGGUGGGCCCUCGUUGGAAAAUUACGUUUAUGCGUUUCUGAUCCUCUAUAGCAGGAUGCCCAGGGUGUCCGUGGUGGCUGCGCAGUGAUCCUUUGCACCACGCUGGACAGAAGCAGCUGGCGUGGAAAAUCCGAUGCGUUGCGGCAGCACUCCUUUUCCUAACCAUCCUGUGGUGUUGGGCCCUCGUUUUGAAGAGAGCGCCCAGCGUCACUCACUUCUCC